CCCCCGGCAGAAGAACAUAAGUUAUUUAACAUCAUAAACGUACGGACGGAAGAGGUUUUACGGUUACGAACGCCGACUAGCCGUAAGAAUAUCCGGUACCGGGUACAGCAGGCCGUAGGAGCGAGGAAAGAGAAGGAGUUAAUUAAGAUAGUCGCGCAAGAGGCGAGGCGGGCGGUACAGCAGUUAUAUCCCAGCAAUAAUAGCGGGAAAGUCGUUAUUUACACUAAUAGUACCGCCCGGACAGAGAAGUUAGCGGCAGAGUUAGGGUAUAAGGCGUACUACGGAUAG